AUGGCUGGAGAAGAGGCAACUCAUGUGCCGGCCAAUCAGGGCACACAUAUCGCUGAAAUGUUGUCCGCAAACCCGCUGAAUCUCAAUAAACUCGGCUUCAACAAGUAUCCUAUCCUGCCUUUGAAGCAUCUUCCUGCACCACGUGUCAGAGAGAUCUACGAAAAGAUGGUUGACGACAUCUUUUCGGUUGUAUCUAUGACCCGCGAAGACUUUCCUCAGUGUUGGGAUCGAUGCGUCGCUCAACUUGAAUCAGGAAACGUGUUGUUGGCUACGAUUUUUACCGAAUUUGAAGGAUAUCGCACGAUCAAGAAGGCAUGUAAGAAGGCGCUCCGGAUGCCUCGCAUGGAUGAAACACCUUGCCUCCCUGCCCCAAUCAUGGUUUCUCUGAUCGUUUCUCUUAACUACCGCAAGAUAGCCCCCGCCAAGCCUGACAGCUCCAUUCUUGAGAUUCUUGACGAACAUGGCUCUGUGGCUUGGCUCAAGGUUGCCAUCCAAGUCUUUGGAACAACCGGCCAGAAUCCAUUCUUGGUCACGCGGGACAAUUCAGUCAACAGCCCGACAACCGAGCUAUCUGGUGAUAUCUGGACUGUCAAAGCAACCAUGCCGCCCCCUCACAGAUACCUCGCUGUUGUUCAUUGCGAACUUCCCAUCCUUCGUGCCGCCCCCGUGUUUGGGAACCACUUGGUCAGCGCAACCGAAAGUCCAGAUCAAGCCUUGCAACCACUUGACCGCCGUCUAAGCCGUGACGCAGGCGACGCGGUCUACACUAUGGCUCUGAACAUCACCCGGGAACAAGCUUGUGCCCGAGUUGGUGGGGUAAUCGAACAGAUGCGAGAUCCAGCAGUCAACAGAAAGGCAUUCAAGCCUGAGAUGGAACUCUUGAUGGAUUUCUAUACCUUUUCGGAUCGUAUCCAGACGUUUGAAGGUGUCUUGGCUCAGGAUAUAACCCAGAUCUCCUGGGAACACCAGCUCCCGGGUGAACGAAUUGAAAUGCAGGACUCAGACCUUGCCGGACCCUCUUUGGCAGUCCUCGCCGACACCUUCAACCAACUCCCCGAGGAAAGUUUGGAGAGGGCCCUCGGUAUCGAAGCCCUCAACAACGUGAAGAAUAUCCUCGACUACCAGCAACGCUCCCGUGACGAGUGA